UUUUUUUUCUCAUUGUUAUUUCACUAUUCAUUUGUAAAAGUACUUCUUUUUUUUUCGUUAAUUUAAUCAUAUCACAUCUGUAUGCUGCCGACAGACGGUGACGACGAUAGUAACCCAUCGCACACUGGCCAAUCUAGUUCGCUACAUACGUCUUUGUCAUGGCCACGGUUACCCGAGCUACUACUGACCAACUCUCAUGAUACCCCUACACAACCUGUCCUAUAUUCCUCCCCUCUCGCUAAUAAUGUAUAUCGACGUUCCUCUAAUGCUUCCAAGAACAACGACACCGAUUCCUCAUCAGAAUAUGUCAGUGACGACGAUGCCGCUUCACGACAGAAGACCGAUCGUAACGACUUGAAUGAGAAGACAGGAUCCACCCACGAGAAAGCAGAUUCACAAGUGGACGGCGGUUCAGCCGACACUUUGGUGGAAGCAGCAUUGGAUCAAGACGAAGCCAAGGACCGACAUGUACGCUUUCCUGAUCAUGUUGCUGAAUCGGCUGCUCUAGUGCAACGCAUGUUAAGUACUCGGGGUUACUCCGAUGGCACAUCGUCGGCCAAGUCCAGUCAUCGUCGUGCUGAUUCUUCCAUCGACAUGCAAUCUGAAAACUCCGGAAGUGUCUUGGCGAGCUUAAUGAAGUUAGAAGCGCAACGGCGACAACAGCCAUCAACCUCAAGUUAUCGCUCCAAACGAAAAAAGGUAAGGUUUAGUCAUUUGUCACACCCAGGAGAUAAAUUUGCAUACUGAUUUGUGGUUUCUUCCUUUUUUUUCUUUUGUUUGACAAAUAACAGUCCAAAAAGAAAAAGCGUCCCAAAGAAAAACCCGC